AUGGACGUGAACGGUCCGUCGACGUCGCACGCGCGCGCGCAUCCCUCCGAUGGCGCGUUCGUGACGUUUUUAUCGACGCUGAAGGAUGACUCUCUGGACGAACUGUACGAGUCAUCCGUCUGGGCGGUGCUCGCGGCGUUACGCGCGUGCGACGCAAUCGGGAAGCAGAUCGUGCUCCGGUUAUCGUUCGUGAGCGGUGGCUCGAUCGCUGGUGCGGAACUCGAGCGGUGGAUCGCGGACGGCGACGCGGGACGGCGAGCGACGGCGCGGGCGUUGGGACGGUUGUCGCGCGUCCGAGCGAUCGAGCGCGUCGUCGACGGAGGUGAAGCGAGGGAAGCGAACGCGAUGGAGGUCGAUGUUGGGACGCGUGGACGCGAUUUUGAGGAGGAUUUGGAGCGCGGGUCGUUCGUGGGAACGAUUCGCGUGCGGCCGGCGUUCGCCGCGCACGUUCGAAGAGCGCUCGAGCGCGGAUUCGUCGGUUUAGAUGCCGACGGUGGCGGUGCAGAGGGCGGUGACGAUGUGGUAGAGCUUGAGGUGGAAAAGAAGGUUCCCGAUCGAGCGACGCUGAGCGCGUACGCGAAGAGUAAGUGGGAGGAUUUGUUGUUGACGCUCACGGGGGCAUCGGACGCGUUUUCCAAACCUGGGUCAAAGGUGAGCGGACGACUGGACGCGCAGGCUUUGUUUCGCGCGGCGGGACUCACGACAUCAGACGCGUCGGGGGAUAAGAAGGCGCGGAAGCGAAACGCCGGCGUCACCGCGGAGGGAUUCAGAUUCUUGCUCACCACGGCGCAGGAGCAGGUUUGGGUUCUGUUAACGCAAUACAUUCGCGACGAGUCGCGCACGGCGUCGGCGACGAGCGCGAUUAGUUUUCUGCUUCGUCUGACAUUUCAGCGACCGGGACGGGCGUAUGCUAUGACGGGUGUGCUGAGUGACACCGAACAAGACGUCGUGCGCGAUCUCACGCAUCUCGGAUUGCUCUACACCUUUGACGUGAAGAAGCGAUGGUAUUACGUCCCAACGCUCCUCUCGAGCGGGCUCUCCGGCGGUUUCGCCUCGGAUGACGGCGACAAUCGAGCUAUGGUAAGCGCUGAGGGACAUGUCAUCGUCGAAACGAACUAUCGCGUGUACGCAUAUACGAGCUCGUUGGUGGAGAUGGAGAUCUUACGCCUGUUCACGCGCGCCGAUUAUCGCCUGCCGAACCUGUACGUGGGUAUGCUCACGCGCGAGAGCGUGCAAAAUGCCCUUCGUGCGGGCGUCGACGCAGAACAGAUCGUUGCGUACCUUCGGGCGCACGCGCAUAAACAGGUGCGGAAAAAGAAACCGAGCGUUCCGGGCACGGUGUGCGAUCAAAUCAGGCUCUGGGCUCGCGAUAUGAUGCGAGUGCGAUCGGAUGAGUGCGUGCUCUACUGCGAUUUCCCACCCGUGGGUGGUUUUUACAACGCCGUCGUCGCCGAAGCCACAAAACGGGGGGCGCUAUUAUGGCGCGAUGACAUCGGUAGAAAGCUCACCGUGCGCGCGGAUGCGCACGAGGCAAUGAAACCCGUCGUCGCCGCAUUGAAGCAGUCUUUGGGCGACACGUGA